AUGUCAAAUCAAAUAGAGAAAGUAGAAAUUCCUGGAAAAUUUGGAUAUGGAACAAUGAGUCUUACAUGGACUUCGAAUCCACAAGCAGAAGAAAAAUCAAUUGAAACUAUUAAAUUUAUAACAUCACAUCCUGAAUUUGGUGUUAAAUUAAUAAAUUUAGGAGAAUUUUAUGGUCCAAAUGAUAGUAAUUUAAAAUUAUUUGAAAAAUUUUUAAAAUCAAAUGAUCCAAAUCUCAAUGAAAGUUUGGUUGUUAGUAUUAAAGGUGGUCUUGAUGUAUCAACUUUAAGACCAGAUGGUUCUAAGGAAAAUAUUAGUAAAUCAAUUGAAAAUGUUGUAUCAUAUAUCCCAAAGGAAAAUAGACCAAAAUUGAUUUAUGAAAUUGCUAGAGUUGAUAAAACUGUUCCUUAUGAAGAUACCAUUGGAUAUAUUAAAGAAUAUGUUGAAAAGGGAAUUAUUGAUGGUAUUUCAUUAUCUGAAGUUGGUAAAGAAUCAAUUGCAAAAGCAAUUAAAGUUGCACCAAUUUCAUGUGUUGAAUUAGAAUUAUCAUUAUUUUCACAAGAAUUAAUUGAUAAUGGUUUAUUAGCUUAUUUAUCAGAACAACAAAUUCCAAUUAUUGCUUAUUCACCACUUUGUAGAGGUAUAUUAACUGAUUCAACAGUUGAAAAUUCAGAUACUUUUUUAACAAAAAUCCCUGAAACUGAUUUUAAACAUCAUUUAGAUAAAUUUAAACCAGAAAUUUUUAAACAAAAUUUAAUACCAUUAAAAAAGCUUUAUGAUUUUGCUCAUAAUGUUAAAAAUACUUCAUUAGAAAGUUUAGCAUUAUCUUGGAUUUUAAAGUUGUCAGGUCAAAAGAAUUUUAGAGGUAUUGAAAAAGUAACAAGAAUUUUACCAAUUCCAUCUGGUUCAACUCCAAAAAGAAUUGAAUCGAAUUUUGGUAAUAUUGUUGAAUUAACUGAUGAAGAUUUAGAUGAGAUUGAACAAAUUUUAAAAGAAAAUCCUGUUAAGGGAUUUAGAUAUAAUGAACAAUUAGAAGGUACAUUAUUUCAAUAA